AUGGCAAAUAAUAAAGCUCAUAUCAAUCUAGUUGUCAUAGGACAUGUUGAUUCUGGAAAGUCAACUACAAUAGGAAAUCUUAUUUAUAAGUUAGGUGGAAUAGAUGAAAAAACAAUCAAUAAAUAUGAGGAGGAGGCUAAUAAAAUUGGAAAAGGAUCAUUCAAAUACGCAUGGGUAUUGGAUAAUCUUAAGGAUGAAAGAGAAAGAGGGAUCACAAUUGAUAUUUCAACGCAGAAAUUUGAAACAAAUAAUUAUAAUUAUAGAGUGAUUGAUGCACCAGGACAUAGAGAUUUUUUAAAAAAUAUGAUAACAGGAACUUCAUAAGCAGAUGUUGCUUUGUUAAUGAUUUCCUCAGCUGCAGGAGAAUUUGAGGCUGGCAUGUCUCAGAACGGAUAAACUAAAGAGCAUAUUUUAUUAGCCUAUACACUUGGUAUUAGAUAGAUAGUAUGUGCAAUAAAUAAGAUGGAUGAGAAAUCAGUAAAUUAUUCUAAAGAAAGAUACGAUGGAAUAGUUGAAUAGAUUAAAACUUACCUAGAGAAAGUAGGAUACAAUCCAAAAAAUACUAUGUUUAUUCCAAUAUCUGGAUGGGAAGGGGAUAAUAUGUUGAAAAGAUCACCCAAUUUAUUAUGGUAUCAUGGCCCCACUGUUUUUGAAGCUUUAGAUACUAUAACACCACCUAAAAAACAUGCAGAUAAGCCACUAAGAUUUCCAUUAGAGAAUGUAUAUAAAAUAGGUGGUAUUGGAACUGUUCCUAUAGGCACAUUAUAAACUGGAGUAUUGAAAACAGGUAUGAUGAUCCAGUUUGCUCCAUCUGGAAUAAUAGCUGAAGCAAAAUCAAUAGAAGCUUUUCAUGAGGAACUUCAAGUUGCAUUUCCAGGAGAUUAUGUAGGAUUUAAUGUGAAAAAUGUAGCAUGUAAAGAUUUAAAAAGAGGCUAUGUGGCUUCUGAUUAACAGAAUGAUCCAGCAAAAGAAUGCAUUUCGUUUAUUGCUUCGGUGAUAAUAUUAAAUCAUCCUGGACAAAUUUCAAACGGUUAUUGUCCAGUUGUAGAUUGUCAUACAGCACGUAUUGCUUGUACAUUUGAUGAAAUCAUUGCAAAAUUUGACAGAAGAGAUGGCAAGAUAAUAGAGGUGCCUCCUAAAUAUAUUAGAUCAGGAGAUGGUGCUAUUAUUAAAUUAAUACCAACCAAACCCUUAUGUGUUGAAGCCUUUUCUGAAUAUCCACCACUUGGAAGAUUUGUUGUAAGAGACAUGAAAUAAACAGUUGCAGUUGGUGUAAUAAGAUCCGUUGAAAAAAAAGGAUAGCAAAUAAUUAAAUGA